AGGCUCUCCGGGCUGCAUUCUGAGUGCGGGACGAGACACGAUCUUCCAAUGGAAGUACAGAGAAAUAUCGCCCCCCAACAGACAAACAGCAGCGGCAUGUGUGAGUCGACGCAGAGGUCCUGCGAGCCUCGCCGAAAGAGAAUGGAUGAGCGGAGUGCACCCUCCGAAAUGGCAAGGAUAAUCACAGAUCCUGCCACCGGGAAGUGCUACUGCCGUGGAAAAGUUUUGGGCAAGGGAGGAUUUGCCAAAUGCUAUGAGAUGACCGACCUCUCCACCAGCAAAGUUUACGCGGCCAAAAUCAUCCCCCAUGCGCGCGUCUCCAAACCUCACCAACGGGAGAAGAUUGACAGAGAAAUUGAGCUGCACAGAGCACUGCACCAUAGGCAUAUCGUGCAUUUUUAUCACCACUUUGAGGACAAGGAGAACAUCUACAUUCUGUUGGAGUACUGUAGUAGAAAAUCCUUAGCCCAUAUCCUAAAGGCACGCAAGGUGCUUACUGAGCCAGAGGUGCGUUAUUACCUGAGACAGAUCGUUUCUGGGCUGAAGUACCUGCAUGAACAAGAAAUCCUUCACAGAGACCUGAAACUUGGUAACUUUUUCGUGAGCGAGUCGAUGGAACUGAAGGUCGGGGACUUUGGUCUGGCUGCCAAGUUGGAGCCAGCAGGAAACAGGAGGAAGACAAUCUGUGGGACUCCGAACUACUUGUCCCCUGAGGUGCUCAACAAGCAGGGACACGGCUGUGAAUCAGACAUCUGGGCCCUCGGCUGUGUAAUGUACACCAUGCUGUUGGGCAGACCACCAUUUGAGACCACCAACCUGAAGGAGACGUACAGGUGCAUCAGAGAGGCGCGUUACUCCCUUCCCUCCUCCUUGUCGUCACAAGCUAAGCAGCUGAUCGCCAACCUGCUGGCCAAGAUACCGGAGGACAGACCCAACCUGGACCACAUUCUGCGGCACGACUUCUUCACACAGGGCUUCAGUCCAGAGCGUCUGCCGGCUAGCUGUUGCCAUUCAGCACCAGAUUUCCACGUCUCCAGUCCCGCCAAGAGCUUCUUCAAGAAAGCUGCCGCUGCACUGUUCGGUGGAAAAAGGGACAAGGUCAAAUACUACGAGACUCUGAACAAGUUAACUAAAGAAGAAGAGGAGAUCUACAAACUGCAGCACGACUUGGAGAGAACCGUCAUCAGCCAACAACAAAGCAAAAAGAUUUCAGAGAAUGGAAGUCUACUUCCGCCAUCUGCCGAGAGCCCCGUUGCCCUGGCAACAGAGAGCCAGUCCCCGACAACGCAAGAUACCAUCCGUCUGAUCGUGAGGGGGAGUCUGGGGAGCUGCAGCAGCAGUAGUGAAUGCCUUGAAGACAACACAACAGGGAGUGUGGCUGAGACUGUUGCAAGUGUGUUGCGGGGAUGUCUAGAGAAUAUGCCUAAAGCAGAUGAAAUUCCUCAGGACUCAAACAGCUGCAGUCUUCAAUGGGUGACUAAAUGGGUGGACUACUCCAACAAGUAUGGAUUUGGCUACCAAUUGUCUGAUCACACCGUGGGAGUUCUCUUCAACAACGGCACUCACAUGAGCCUCCUGCCAGACAGAAAGACCAUCCACUACUAUGCAGAGCUGGGCCAGCGCUCUGUCUUCCCCACCUGUGAAGUUCCUGAACACUUUGUGGGUCAAGUCACUGUGCUCAAGUACUUUUCUCAUUACAUGGAGGAAAACCUCAUGGAUGGUGGAGAUCUUGGUACCAUGACGGAUGCACACAUGCCCAGACUCUACCUGCUUCAGUGGCUCAAGUCUGACCGCGCCCUCAUGAUGCUGUUUAACGACGGCACGUUCCAGGUGAACUUUUACCACGACCACACCAAGAUCAUCCUGUGCUGUCAGAGGGAGGAGUACAUGCUGACAUACAUCAAUGAAGACCGAGUCUCCAAAACCUUCAAACUCAGCUCCCUGCUGACGUCCGGCUGCCCGACUGACCUGCGAGAUCGCAUGGUGUACUCCCUCAAUAUGCUUCUGCAGAGAUGCAGCUAAACCCGCAGUUUUGGAUCAGAAAAACAGACAAGCCCGCACGCUGUGCUAAUUGCUGUGCUACAGUAGAAAACAAGGAUCCUCGCAAGCUGGGUGGAUUUCAAGGAUGGACUUGAGCAGAGCGAAUUAACAUUCCCUCACUGUUGCACCUUCACGACUCAGCAUCACUGCAGAUGAUGCAGUGCAGGUGAAAAAAUAAAAGGAUGAUGCAGAGAGACUGAAAGAGACUGGGGAAAUGAAAUGUAGCACAAGGAUUGUGGAUCGAAAAAAAAAGAAGGGCCGAUUUGUGUGUAGAUUGUUUAAGCAGAGGAAAGACAGAGUAUGUUGGUACGAAUGUGAACACCCACAGAUUUUGGAGGAAAAGAGAUGUUUUCGGAAAGCAAAGGCAAAUGCUGGGCUGGCACCGGCGUAUUCAUGUAUAGUAUAGUUCGUGCUCUGAAUGUAAACAGAGUCAGACUGUGGAGUAUUGUAAAUGAUGUACAGUGUAUGUCACAGCCAACACAGCAGUGCAAAGAAAUGACUUGUUAAAGUGUGGAUGGAUUAGCUGUAUGUGUAUGUGUGUGUGUGAAAGAGAGUGGGAGUGGUGUAAUGUCACACUAACUUUUAAAACUGUGAUUUGUUCUCUUUGCUGACAAAUGGGCUCAAUACAUUUGAGCUGGGAGCCAGAGGAGUGAUGCGAGUGGCCACGAGAACAGAAUGACAAAAAAAAAAAAAAAAAAAAAAAAGUACCAUUGAUCCUCUAAGGAUCACUUAAGAGCCAUUAUCAGCUUGGUAAAAAUGUCCUAAAUAACUUAUUGUGUAAAAAAAGUGCAGUAUUUAUUUAUUUAAUAAAUAAGAGCAUUUUUUUAAAAAAGAAA